GCUUGUGGAGGAGUCCGCGCAGCGCCGUCUAACAGGUGAUCCGCGUCACUCCCAGGCCAUACCGAAGCGGCUGAACGCUGUGCCAGGGCUCCUUAUGCUCUUCUGUUCUGGGACGUGAAAACGCCUUCCGCCUUAUUGGUCGUCCAAAAAGGUGCACCGGUCACAGUAUAAGAGUCAAAAACCAGUAUUACCAAAAAGACACUACGAGCGUCAGGGUGCAGAGUGGCUUUCUUCGAUUAACGAACCGGCAGGACCAUCGUAGUCUCUAAAAUCGGGUUCUGCAGUGGUGGCGAAAGCGUAACAGGGUCCUACUUGUUGCUCAGGUUGAAAUGCAGUGGUGAAAUCACAGCAUGCUGCAGCCUUGACCUCCUAAGUACAAACAGUCCUCCCACCUCAGCCUCCACAGUAGCUGGGAUUACAGGUGUUUGCUGACUAGCACUUUGGAGAGUGUAUGCUUAUCUGCCAUGUCCAUAACAGAACGAACUGUGUAUUCCCUUUCUGAUGCAUUGGGUAGCAAUUUUCCGCCUUUGGACAGUUCAGCACAUACUUCUCUUCAUAUGGACUCAGUACUACUGACAAGAGCCAUCCUCUGAGAUUACUAAGAUGACUUGCAUCCCUUGAAGUGUUGGAGCCAAAACAUGAAGAGCUAAUUCCUUUAUCAAAUGGGAUUUAGAAAGCUAGUAAAUCAGCUUAUACAGGUUGCCUAUUUACUUGAAUUUAAACAAGCCAUUGUUUUCAAAAUAGCAAGGUUCUCUACUUAAAAGACAAUGACUACUGAUGAAGGUGCCAAGAACAAUGGAGAAAGCCCCACAGCCACUGUUGCUGAGCAGGGAGAGGAUAUUACCUCCAAAAAAGACAGGGGAGUAUUAAAGAUUGUCAAAAGAGUGGGGAAUGGUGAGGAAACGCCGAUGAUUGGAGACAAAGUUUAUGUCCAUUACAAAGGAAAAUUGUCAAAUGGAAAGAAGUUUGAUUCCAGUCAUGAUAGAAAUGAACCAUUUGUCUUUAGUCUUGGCAAAGGCCAAGUCAUCAAGGCAUGGGACAUUGGGGUGGCUACCAUGAAGAAAGGAGAGAUAUGCCAUUUACUGUGCAAACCAGAAUAUGCAUAUGGCUCGGCUGGCAGUCUCCCUAAAAUUCCCUCGAAUGCAACUCUCUUUUUUGAGAUUGAGCUCCUUGAUUUCAAAGGAGAGGAUUUAUUUGAAGAUGGAGGCAUUAUCCGGAGAACCAAACGGAAAGGAGAGGGAUAUUCAAAUCCAAACGAAGGAGCAACAGUAGAAAUCCACCUGGAAGGCCGCUGUGGUGGAAGGAUGUUUGACUGCAGAGAUGUGGCAUUCACUGUGGGCGAAGGAGAAGACCACGACAUUCCAAUUGGAAUUGACAAAGCUCUGGAGAAAAUGCAGCGGGAAGAACAAUGUAUUUUAUAUCUUGGACCAAGAUAUGGUUUUGGAGAGGCAGGGAAGCCUAAAUUUGGCAUUGAACCUAAUGCUGAGCUUAUAUAUGAAGUUACACUUAAGAGCUUCGAAAAGGCCAAAGAAUCCUGGGAGAUGGAUACCAAAGAAAAAUUGGAGCAGGCUGCCAUUGUCAAAGAGAAGGGAACCGUAUACUUCAAGGGAGGCAAAUACAUGCAGGCGGUGAUUCAGUAUGGGAAGAUAGUGUCCUGGUUAGAGAUGGAAUAUGGUUUAUCAGAAAAGGAAUCGAAAGCUUCUGAAUCAUUUCUCCUUGCUGCCUUUCUGAACCUGGCCAUGUGCUACCUGAAGCUUAGAGAAUACACCAAAGCUGUUGAAUGCUGUGACAAGGCCCUUGGACUGGACAGUGCCAAUGAGAAAGGCUUGUAUAGGAGGGGUGAAGCCCAGCUGCUCAUGAACGAGUUUGAGUCAGCCAAGGGUGACUUUGAGAAAGUGCUGGAAGUAAACCCCCAGAAUAAGGCUGCAAGACUGCAGAUCUCCAUGUGCCAGAAAAAGGCCAAGGAGCACAACGAGCGGGACCGCAGGAUAUACGCCAACAUGUUCAAGAAGUUUGCAGAGCAGGAUGCCAAGGAAGAGGCCAAUAAAGCAAUGGGCAAGAAGACUUCAGAAGGGGUCACUAAUGAAAAAGGAACAGACAGUCAAGCAAUGGAAGAAGAGAAACCUGAGGGCCACGUAUGACGCCACGCCAAGGAGGGAAGAGUCCCAGUGAACUCGGCCCCUCCUCAAUGGGCUUUCCCCCAACUCAGGACGGAACAGUGUUUAAUGUAAAGUUUGUUAUAGUCUAUGUGAUUCUGGAAGCAAAUGGCAAAACCAGUAGCUUCCCAAAAACAGCCCCCCUGCUGCUGCCCGGAGGGUUCACUGAGGGGUGGCACGGGACCACUCCCGGUGGAACAAACAGAAAUGACUGUGGUGUGGAGGGAGUGAGCCAGCAGCUUAAGUCCAGCUCAUUUCAGUGUCUAUCAACCUUCAGUAUCCAAUUCAGGGUCCCUGGAGAUCAUCCUAACAAUGUGGGGCUGUUAGGUUUUACCUUUGAACUUUAAUAGCACUGCAGAAACCUUUAAAAAAAAAAAUGCUUCAUGAAUUUCUCCUUUCCUACAGUUGGGUAGGGUAGGGGAAGGAGGAUAAGCUUUUGUGUUUUAAAUGACUGAAGUGCUAUAAAUGUAGUCUGUUGCAUUUUUAACCAACAGAACCCACAGUAGAGGGGUCUCGUGUCUCCCCAGUUCCACAGCAGUGUCAACAGACGUGAAAGCCAGAACCUCAGAGGCCACUUGCUUGCUGACUUAGCCUCCUCCCAAAGUCCCCCUCCUCAGCCAGCCUCCUUGUGACAGUGGCUUUCUACCACACACAGCCUGUCCCUGGGGGAGUAAUUCUGUCAUUCCUAAAACACCCUUCAGCAAUGAUAAUGAGCAGAUGAGAGUUUCUGGAUUAGCUUUUCCUAUUUUCGAUGAAGUUCUGAGAUACUGAAAUGUGAAAAGAGCAAUCAGAAUUGUGCUUUUUCUCCCCUCCUCUAUUCCUUUUAGGGAAUAAUAUUCAAUACACAGUACUUCCUCCCAGCAUUGCUACUGCUCAGCUUCUUCUUUCAUUCUAAUCCUUGCUAUUAAGAAUUUAAGACUUGUGCUUACAAUAUUUUUGACCUGGAGUGGAUCUAUUUACAUAGUCAUUUAGGAUCCAUGCAGCUUUUUUUGUCUUUUUAAGAUUAUUGGCUCAUAAGCAUAUGUAUACUGGUUUAUGGAACUUUAUUUACACUCCUCUAUCAUGCAAAAAAUUUUUUGACUUUUUAGUACUAAGCUUAAUUUUUAAAAACAAAAUCUGUAGGGUUGACAAAUAAAUAGUUGCUCUUCUACACUAGGGGUUUCACCUGCAGGUUUGACACGCAGUUGCUCGCUUUUCCUGCCCUGUCAAGCUUCUCUGUUCUGGCGUGAGUUGUGAAAGAGUUGAAGACAGCUUCCCAUGCCGGUACACAGCCAGUAGCCUAAAUCUCCAGUACUUGAGCUGACCAUUGAACUAGGGCAAGUCUUAAAUGUGUACAUGUAGUUGAAUUUCAGUCCUUACGGGUAAACAGAUUGAGCAUGGCUCUCUAUUCCCUCAGCCUAAGAAACACUCAUGGGAAUGCAUUUGGCAACCCAAGGAACCAUUUGCUUAAACCUGGAACAUCUCACUUUUUUAAAUCCUAAAAAACACUGGCAGUUAUAUUUUAAAUUAGUUUUUAUUUUUAUGGUGGUUUUAUCAAAAGACUUUUAUUAUUAGAUUGGGACCCCCUUCAAACCUACAAAUCAAGUUAUUUCCUUUUAUAAUACUUUUCUUCCCCAUGGAACAAAUGGGAUCAAUUUGUGAGUUUUUUCCUUUAAUGAUAACUAAAAUCCCUCUAAUUUCUCAUUUAUGCUUUUGUCUUUUUUAUGAAAUAUUUCUUUUAAAAGCCCCAGUCUCACCUACGAAAUAUGAAGAGCAAAAGCUGAUUUUGCUUACUUGCUAAACUGUUGGGAAAGCUCUGUAGAGCAUGGUUCCAGUGAGGCCAAGAUUGAAAUUUGAUACUAAAAAGGCCACCUAGCUUUUUGCAGAUAACAAACAAGAAAGCUAUUCCAAGACUCAGAUGAUGCCAGCUGUCUCCCACGUGUGUAUUAUGGUUCACCAGGGGGAACUGGCAAAAGUGUGUGUGGGGAGGGGAAGGGUGUGUGAGUGGUUCUGAGCAAAUAACUACAGGGUGCCCAUUACCACUCAAGAAGACACUUCACGUAUUCUUGUAUCAAAUUCAAUAAUCUUAAACAACUUGUGUAGAAGUCCACAGACAUCUUUCAACCACCUUUUAGGCUGCAUAUGGAUUGCCAAGUCAGCAUAUGAUGAAUUAAAGACAUUGUUUUUUUAAAAAAAAUCAUUUAGAUGCACUUUUUUGUGUGUUCUUUAAAUAAAUCCAAAAAAAAUGUGA